UUUUGUGGGGACUACUACGUUAAGUCUCGGGAAGAAUGAGAUAGAAACGGCGUCAUUUACCUCUUAUUGUUUUAAAAGAACGGAUAUUGUGUUUUAGAAAAUUCUGUACAUUACACCAGGGUGUGAAAGUGAGCGGUAGUAGGAUGGAUCAAUAAAAGAAGCAACCCAUACGGACGCCAUAUUGACCAAAACAAAAUGGCAGAACAAGAGAAUAGUUGACAAAGUCUGCUGGCUUUCAUUGACAGAUGCUUUCUCGUGACACGAUAAAUCCACAACAACGACUAUUAGAUCUGCUCCUGUGUUCGUGGAGGUGGCCACUCUUCUGAAUUACUAUGAUCAAGUUCCUACUUAUGGUCAACAAACAGGGGCAGACUCGCCUAUCUAAGUAUUAUGAACAAGUGGAGCUUGGGAAGAGAGCAGCUCUUGAAGCUGAUGUGGUUAGGGGAUGUCUCGCCCGGAGGAAGGAAGAGUGUUCAUUUGUGGAGUAUAAGGACUACAAACUGGUCUAUCGUCAGUACGCAGCUCUUUUCAUUGUUGUUGGCAUCACUGAAAAUGAGAAUGAACUGUCAAUCUAUGAGCUUGUGCACAACUUUGUAGAGGUAUUAGACAAGUAUUUCAGUCGUGUGAGUGAGCUGGAUGUAUCCUUUACAUAUUGGGUAUUAUUGACCAAACUUGGCUGACAUUGUUCUUUGCUGGCACUAUUUCAUGGAAACACCAUCACUUGUGCUAUUGGAGCAACUGGGAAUACAAAAAUUAUAUCUGGUUCACCAAGAUUUUAACCAACUAUGAUGACUUACGCUUCAGAGAACCCCGGAAAUGUGAAAAGGGUCCAUUGUGUCUUUAGUGAUACAUGUUUAUAUGAGUGUUCCAUUCCUUAAUGGAAAAUCAGAUCAUGUUCAAUUUAGAUAAAGUACACAUUAUACUUGAUGAAAUGAUCAUCAACGGACACAUUGUGGAGACAAAUAAGAACCGAAUACUGGCACCACUACUGGCCCUGGACAAGAUGGCUGAAAGCUGAUCCAAUGCAAAUGAGUUCUCAUUAAUAUUCUGUUACAAAUUCAAAUAAAUGCUUUUCCUACUAAUCCUUAAA